CAAGCUAGUCAGUGUCAGUUUGUAGCGAAUCGAAAUCGGUCACCAAAAAACGCGGUGCGCGAGACAAACCUGAAAUCGGUCGAAGAUUGAAGUUCGUCGUCGUCGUCCGUGGCGCCAGCCUGUGAAUUUCACGAUCAAGUGUACAGCAACGUUGUUGCAUUUGCCAAUAAACACUUGCAACCAAAAUACCUAGAGAGCAAAGAGGAUAAUCAAACGGCGCAUACCUGACCUGAGGACGGUCGAACUUCCUUUUGAGUUGAGUUGAGGCAGCUUGGUUCGAGCAUACAUAGAUAGGUAGCUGCUAAAAAUAGUCACGAGAUUGUGAAUCCAUAGACGAUAAAUCCACCUCCAACCCGGAUCGGCCUUCGGGCACCGAAAACUCAGCUGCAGCGAAGAUGAGCGUGGAAAACAAGGCCGAACUGGUGGCCAAACUGACGCCGCUGCAGUACCACAUCACCCAGGAAGCCGGCACGGAGCGACCCUUCACCGGAAAGUACAACAAAUUCUACGAGAAAGGUACCUACGUGUGUGUGGUGUGCAGCCAGGAGCUGUUCAGUUCCGAAACGAAAUACGACUCCGGUUGCGGUUGGCCGGCGUUCAACGAUGUGGUCGAGAAGGGCCGUGUAACACUGCAUGCCGACGCCAGCUUGGCCGGCGGCAAUCUCCUAUUGUUAAUCACACAACCAGGCCGAAUGCGGACGGAGGUCCGGUGCUCCAAGUGUGGCGCCCACAUGGGCCACGUGUUCGAGGAUGGCCCGGCGCCGACCCGGAAGCGCUACUGCAUCAACUCGGCCUCGAUCGAGUUCAUGGCGGCGGGCAGCGAGCGGAAGGAUGGCGCGUAGAUUUUUAGUGAACUCAUUGUAUAUAUUUUAUCUUGAUGUGAAACGCGGACGCGAGAGGAUGUUGGAGUACAAAUAAAUAUGGAUAACUUUAACUAGAACAUCAUUUGAACAACAGCAAAUACCAGCACAAGUACAUACAAAUAAGCACCCACUAACCGUAAAUCUAUGCAGGUGCAGGCAGCCUUCAGUAGAAUGUCUUCAUCCAUGAAUGGGGUGUGUUUGUCUGUAGGUUGUCCGACCUAGCCGAACAGAACUGAUAAGUGCAGAUAAGUACAGCGACGUCUGGUAACUCUCAGACCUCAUAUUUAUUUUUUGUUGUUUUAUGAUACUGUCACUGUAGUGACGAGAUAUUUCAUUCUUCAUCUCAUCACUACAGUUACUUCUUGCUUUCUCCUAUUACAUUUACGACAGAAGUCGCAACAUCUCCAAAUCCAACUUCUGUUUUUCAAAGUUAAGUUUGUCCCUUUAUUUAUUUAUUUUUUUGUUUUUUUUUUCGUCGAGAUUGAUUUAAUUGUUUAACCGAGAAGAUAUUUAUGAAACAAAGGUAUGAGUAGAAUUUUGAUAUCCCCAUCUUUUGAAUGGUCCUUCCAGAAAAGAGACAUUUGUCCCUUCCCCCAAAAACAGGAACUUAUGAAAAGCAAAGAAAAAAACAAAUGAACAUCAAAAUAGUCUGGCAUUCCUAAUCGCGUUAUUCUCCUUUUUACGAUAUUCUUCAAUCAGUGGCGAAUAUAAAAGUCAAAUUUAAAAAGUUUUA